CAAAAUCGCAGUCACGACGUACAGGGCCACGUCUUAAUUUCAGAGUUCACCACACCGCGGUGUCCUUAUUUCAUUUCUUGCUGCCUCGUCCUUUGUUUUCUCUGAUAAUUCGGUGGUCGUAGACGGUAUCGAGCAUGUCUGUUAUGCUCACCAAGUUCGAGUCCAAAAGCAACCGCGUCAAAGGGCUUGCAUUCCAUCCUACGCAACCUCUUCUCGCGGCAGCCCUUCAUAAUGGGAGCGUACAGCUCUGGAACUACAGAAUGGGGGUGCUGGUGGACAGAUUCGAGGAGCAUGAAGGACCUGUUCGAGGCGUCGAUUUUCAUCUGAGCCGAGCGCUGUUAGUGACAGGAGGAGACGACUACAAAAUCAAAGUCUGGGACAUUCGGCCGCAAAACAGGCGAUGUCUUUUCACUCUAAUUGGACAUCUCGACUAUGUCCGAACAGUACAAUUCCACCAUGAAAUGCCCUGGAUCAUCUCGACUUCCGAUGACCAAACGAUACGCAUAUGGAAUAGUACAUCUCGCAACUGCAUCGCUGUCCUCACCGGUCAUUCUCAUUAUGUCAUGUCCGCCUUCUUUCACCCCAAAGAUGACCUUGUUGUGUCCGCGUCCAUGGACCAGACGGUGCGCGUCUGGGACAUCUCUGGCCUUAGAAAGGGCUCUCCGAACACUGGUCCGGGGAACUUCGAGACGUUUGACACAUUUUCUACUGUCAAAUACGUUCUCGAAGGGCACGACCGCGGAGUCAACUACGCCGUUUUCCAUCCCACACUACCCUUAAUCCUGUCCGCCGCUGAUGACCGUACUAUCAAAAUAUGGAGAAUGAGUGAAACCAAAGCAUGGGAGGUUGACUCAUGUCGUGGGCACUUCAACAACGUCUCGAGCGCUCUAUUCCACCUCAAGUACGAACUCAUCGUCUCAUGCGGUGAGGACAAAACUGUACGUGUCUGGGACUUGGCGAAGAGAACUGCAAUACAGACGUUCAGACGGGAACACGAUCGAUUCUGGGUCCUCGCCUCUCACCCAAACCUCAAUCUGUUUGCAGCUGGACAUGAUAGCGGUCUCAUCGUCUUCAAACUGGAACGUGAGCGACCUGCAUUUGCUGUGAAUGGUGACACACUCUACUACGUCCGUGAUAAAUAUGUCCGUUCGUAUGACUUCAAUACUGGUUCGGAUAUUGGCCUCCUGAGCGUGCGGAAGUUCGGCAGCCCCUACGUACCCCCGAGAACCUUGAGCUUCAAUCCUUCAGAGAAGGCCGUUAUUACGACAAUAUCGUCCGACAACGGAAUAUUUGAGCUCACAUCGCUACCUCAGCAGUCGCAGGCCGAGGUCAAAGAUUCCAGCGUGGAUGGCAAGAGGGGUUCUGGACAAAGUGCAAUCUUUGUCGCUCGCAACAGAUUUGCGGUAUUAAACAAGGCGUCACAGAUCAUUGAAGUCCGGGACUUAUCGAACACCGUAGUGAAAACUGUCAAGCCACCAGUCCAGACGAAUGAGAUCUUCUAUGGAGGAACAUCCAGUAUUAUCCUUAGUUCCACAGCAUCUGUUGUUCUCUUCGACCUUCAACAGCAGAAAACGAUAGCUGAGAUCAAUAGCCCUCCUGUCAAAUAUGUCUCCUGGAGUGCAGACAGUUCAAUGGUUGCUCUGAUGAGCAAGCAUACGAUCACCAUCGCCAAUCGGACUUUUACACAGAGUAGUCUCAUCCACGAGACUAUUCGUAUCAAGUCUGGUGCUUGGGAUGACUCUGGUGUCUUUAUCUAUUCUACUCUCAACCACGUCAAGUACUGUCUAUACCAAGGCGACCAUGGCGUUAUAUGCACUCUGGAUAAUCCUGUAUAUCUUACUCGGGUCAAGGGAAAGACCGUACAUUGUCUCGAUCGUUCAGCCCGUCCUCGCACGAUUACAUUCGAUCCUACAGAGUACCGAUUCAAGCUUGCUUUACUUAAGAAUAAUUAUGAGGAGAUGUUGUACAUCAUCAAGACGUCGACGUUGAUAGGGCAGAGCAUUAUCGGAUAUCUACAACAAAAAGGAUUCCCCGAGAUCGCGCUUCAUUUCGUGCAGGAUACGAAUACCAGAUUCGAGUUAGCCAUUGAGUGCGGAAAUCUUGAGGUGGCAAUGGAAACUGCUAGGACGAUUGAUCGACCUGAAUGUUGGGAACGUCUAGCACAACAAGCUUUAAAGCAGGGUAACCACAAGAUUGUCGAGAAAGCGUAUCAACAAACGAAAAACUUUGACAAAUUGUCGUUCUUAUAUCUGGCAACUGGAAGCACCGACAAGCUGUCGAAAAUGCAAAAAAUCGCUGACGCGAGAGGGGAUCCCAUGUCGCGAUUCCAUAAUGCUCUGUACGCGGGAGACGUUGCGGGCCGAAUAGCUGUUCUUCGGGACGUUGGAAUGCAUCCAUUGGCAUACCUCACGGCUAAAACCAAUGGCCUAGAGGAGCUUGCAGAAGAAAUUCUUGAGGCGGCCGGACUCACUGCUGAGGAUGUAGAUGACGUACCUGCGUUUGGGCCUUCGACUCUGAAACCUCCACCUAUUGUCUCACAGACAACCGACCUUGUUUGGCCCGUUGUCUCUACUGGAGAAAACUUCUUCGAUCGUGCCCUUGCCAGUGGAAGCCUGGAAGGAAUCGAGUCUUCGUUCACCAAUGGAGAUGCAGCUACAGGCAGCUCCUCAGCUUUGGAUGCUUGGGCCCAAGAAGAAGCAGAAGCCGACAUCAAUCCCGAAGAGGACGGAUGGGAGCUCGACGCGGACGCUGAGGAAGAGCCAUCCGCAGACAUUAAUGGUGACGUUGAGGUGCCCGAAGAUGAUGACCUUGGGGCUGGUGCCAACCCAGGAGUCGAUGAGACUGAACUGUGGGUACGAAACUCACCGUUGGCUGCUGACCACGUUGCGGCAGGAUCAUUUGAGACUGCUAUGCAGUUGCUCAACCGUCAGCUUGGUAUAGUCAAUUUUGUCCAGCUCAAGUCGCUGUUCCUCUCUAUCUACCGUUCAUCUCAUACGUACCUUUCACCGGUUGCGUCAUUACCGCCUCUACAGCUACAUAUCCGACGGAAUCCCACGGAGACAUCGCCUGGACGUGUACUGCCUGUUGCAGUCCUUUCCUUGAAAUUGGUUCACACGGAACUCUCUGAAGGAUACCGAUUUGUGUCUGGGAACAAGCUUGCGGAAGCUCAGACUGCUUUCCGUUCUGUCCUUCGGUCACUUCUAUUGAUUGCCCUUACUUCUGAUAACGAGGCUAAACUUUGGAGAGAGACCGUAACGGCGGCCCGUGAAUACCUCCUUGCUGUUUCUAUCGAGCUCGAGCGACGUCGUAUCGCAGAAGAGGAUCCGGGAAAUCUGCGGCGAAACCUAGAAUUGGCAGCCUAUUUUACGCAAUGCCAGCUCCAACCUCCCCAUCUGCAAAUUGCGUUGCGGAGCGCCAUUGGAGUGUUCUCUAAGGCUAACAAUCAAGCCGCGGCGGCCCGGUUUGCGAAGCGUUUGUUGGAACUGAAACCUGACCCCAAGAUAGUUGCUCAGGCUCGACAACGCAUUGCUGCUGGGGACCGGAAUCCUCGAAAUGCGGUGGAUAUUAGCUAUGAUGAAUUCACACCGUUCGAGAUUUGUGCUGCGACGUACACGCCCAUAUAUAAAGGAUCACCGUCGGUUCGGUGCCCGUACACGGAUGCAGCGUACGUACCGCAGUUUAAGGGAAAGCUGGAUCCUCUUACGCAACUCACGGAGAUUGGGGCGGCUGCUUCUGGAUUGCCUGCUCCUUGGUAAUAUACUUAGCCCGGUGGAUGGUUUAUUUGUUUGUCCAAUACAGAAAUUAAUUUUUAUUCUGGCCAUUGUUA